CAGACCAGAUGUUCAGCACCUCCACUAUCUGUACCUGCAUGAAAACCAUCCAGACAGAAGAUGCUUUUCUUUUCUCGUUGUGCUUGCGUAUAUUUAUAGGAAUUUGCGCAAAAACAAAUUGACGAUGUAGAAGUUCUUGAAUCGUGUCCAUAUGGAGUCUAAGCAGCGUUGAAGCAUUUUAGACGUUUCAGUGGUCAGAAAGAUGAACGCAUCUCAGCAGAUCCACUUCUCCUCCAACUGGAAAGUUGAGUCGGUAAUCAUUUCUGUCAUAUUCUCGAUUAUUUUUUUGGUUGGUACCGUGGGGAACUGUCUUGUGCUCGCGGUUCUCAUUCACAACGGCCAGAUGAACACAAAGAGCACCAACCUGUUCAUUCUGAACCUCGGGCUGGCGGACCUCUGCUUCAUCGUCUUCUGCGUGCCUUUCCAGGCUACCAUCUACACCAUGGACGAAUGGGUGUUUGGACAGUUUGUGUGCAAAGCUGUGCACUUUAUCAUCUACCUGACCAUGUACGCGAGCAUCUUUACGCUGGCAGCGGUGUCUCUGGACAGAUAUCUCGCCAUUCGGUAUCCUCUGCGCUCAAGAGAAACCAGAACUCCCCGUAAUGCUCUGACGUCCAUCAGCCUUGUUUGGGCUCUAUCGCUGUUCUUCUCUAGCCCUUAUCUCAGCUACUACCAGCAGAUGGAUCUAGACGGGACCACCGUUUGCAUCCCAGCGUGGAACACCUAUCAUCGUCGAGCCAUGGAUGUCUGCACCUUCAUAUUCGGCUACCUGAUCCCAGUUCUCAUUCUCAGCAUCACGUAUGCCCGCACCAUCCGCUACCUCUGGACCUCCGUGGACCCCAUGCAGGACAUGUCAGAGUCCCGCAAGGCCAAGCGCAAGGUGACCAAGAUGAUAAUCAUCGUGGCUGUGCUCUUCUGUUUAUGUUGGCUGCCACAUCACCUGGUUAUCUUGUGCAUGUGGUUCGGCCACUUCCCACUCAACCACACAACCUACGUCCUCCGCAUUCUCUCUCACCUGGUGGCGUACACCAACUCCUGCCUGAACCCCAUCGUCUACGCCCUGGUGUCUAAACAUUUUCGAAAGGGCUUCAAGAAGGUGUUUGGCUGUGCAUUUCGUAAUCGGGUCAUAAACCGGAUCCACACUGUGCAACCGGCGCAGACGGUGAGCCUGAUGGAAGCUGCCUCGUGCGAAGGAUCCAAUCAUAACGACGGGUCAAACCGGGGUCGCCUCUGGAGCAAAAGCAAGAUGAUGACGAGCGCCUUCAUGACAUUUAAUGUGACAUAAUCCACUUACACUCUCACCUACUGUCAAAUCAGCGCUUACCAGAGUAUAAAACUCUUCUGUUCCAGUGGCUUUUAACAGCAUUUGAGCUGUGAUUACAUAACAAAAGUUAUCAUAGGCGCAGAUUGUCAGGUAGAGAGGAAGCAGCGCUUUUUGUGGUCUUGGUGAGGACAUUGACUGAUGUUUAAAAUGAAAAUCUCUUGUGUCUGUGUUUUGUCAGUGUUGGCAGCUUUCGUCACUGUGCAGUGGUGGCUGUGUGCUUUCAGACUGUGAAUCAUGGUAGGGUUUUCCGGAGGUACGAACAGAUUGAAUUAUCAGAGGACAGUGCCGGCAUCAAGUUGUUUGGUUCAAACAUUGACACGGUGAACAUUUAUAACAAAUUUGAUCAUAUUUGAACAUAUUUUUAGAAUUUAUGUUCUCAGCUCCUUUAAAAGGUUACUGACCCCAAACUUUGAAUGCUAGUGUAGCAAUUAUAUGACUGCAUUUCUUAUGUUUUUUGAAUAAAGUAAUAAAUAGGGCAAACAGUGAUAAUUGAUCGAAAUAGCAAAUUGCCUAAAACUGUUUGCUUCUGUUCAACAACUAAACAGAAAUAUAGUUGACUUCGCCUCACAUCUGUCUGUACCACUACCUCUUCUGUGUCAUAUAGGUUUGUGUAAUUUGUAAAGCAUGUUAUGAAUUUUAAAGAUAAUGCUUUGAAUGUCUAUUAUCAAUGUAUUGGCGGUGAGACCCCAAUGUAUUUUGACUUGGGUUGAGUCACAAAUGCUUACAAAGAAUUAACAAUGAAUCUACAAACAUUUGUUCACAAGUAAAUCCAUAGUAAAAAAAAUACAGGUUGGUCUUUGUGAUGAUUUCCAAGCAACAUAAUCUACAGAAUCAUCACUCAAGCUGUUAUGAUCCGCACAAGAACAUCCACUUAUCUUGGUCCUCCCAGGAUCUGGCUUUACUGGGAAUGUGCCAGUUAAUUGGCUGGUUCUCGCUUGUAGCUGCUUUAGACUUAGCUGUUGCUUAGAGAGUUUGUGGGUAAUAUGUGUGUUCUGAUUUGCUCCAUCAGUGUAAAAAGCCCAGUGUUACAGCCUCAUUUAACAUCUGACAUAAGUAUUUAUUGUACAAUCACUAUUUAACCAGUUUUGUGGUUAGUUUAUACUUCCCAUGAUGCUUCUCAUAUGCAAAAAAAGAGUAUGAGGGCAUCUGUUUCUAAG